CUUCAUCGGCUCCGAUUGUUCCAACGUUUCGGUCACAGUCAAGGUUUCACAAUGUGCGACUCUCUUCCGUCGUUCCCCUUCUCAUCUUCCAUCAAAUUUCGACGAUUAGGGCUCACCAAAUUCGAAUCUCAUCCCCAUCUUCUUUCAAAUUGCUUCAAUUCUGGUUCUUCAGAUGUUAAAAAUGGCUCCCUCCUCUUCCCUUUGAGAAAAAAAGUAACCAAAAGCUUGUGCGCAUUUGUACCAAAGCGAAACCGAUUCAUCGGCGAGUUAGGAUUGAAAGGCGAAAAUGAAAAUCUUCUCGACGUCGAACCAAGCCGUAGCGUUGCAAAUUUAGACGGAAAUGGGAAUGAUUCCGGCGAAGGACGGGGCGAUGGAGCUGCAGUUUCAUCCGGGGGGUUGGAAUUUCUCGAUGAGGGCAAGAAGAAGGGCUUAAACAGGGGAAGGAGCUCAGAAGGAGAAGGGGAUUUGGUUGCCAUUGAAGACAAGGAUGCAAAAACGGAGAAGGAAUUAGAAGGGGAGAGUGGGAAGGUAGCGUUACGGAAAAGGAGGCAAGUGAUGAGGAGAUCGAACAUGUUGGCGAAGCAAGUGAUCAGCAUUCAAACUGCGCUUAGCUUGGGUUUUGUCUCGCAGCUCUGGGUAAAUACUGAAGCUUGGAUGGUAAAGCUUGUUGAAGUGAAGCCAAGCUUACUUUCUGGAGAAUCAGAAUGGUUUCUUCUUGAGGAUAUUGAUCAGGUUGGCGAUGUUAUACUUGUCCCUGAUGAGACAGUCAUGGAGAAUGAAUUCAAAAUGGCUGGAUUGGAAAUACUGGUAGGAUACAAAGUAGUUACACCUGGUCGACGGAAUAUCGGAAAGAUACGUGGAUACACGUUCAACAUUAACUCGGGUGCAGUUGAAUCUCUGGAGCUCGAUUCAUUUGGAUAUUCCUUCCUUCCUUCCAGCCUUGUGAGUACAUAUGCUUUGCUUGUUGAGGAUGUACUGGAAGUCAUAUCGGACGUGGUUGUUGUACAUGAAGAUGCAGCAUCGCGCAUUCAAAGGCUGACAAAGGGAUUCUUAGGCACCCAGAACGUGGGGAAUUCAUUAGAUGACCUUGAAGAACUUUACGAGUUUGAAGAACGGAGAUUCGAACAGGACUCGUGGAGUAACAAACGAAGCUAUGAUGGUAAAAGAUUUCGUAGGAGCAAGGAGGCCAAUGACGACGAACUCGGGCUCCCAAUGGAUUAUCUUUGAAUCAGAUCUCAGGUUUUUCACUCGCUCUCCUCUAAACUCUGAAUGAAACUCUGCAUUUCAUAGAUUGAAUGUUGAGGACUUGGAGCUUCUGAUGAUUUCUCUUUGCAUUCUUGUAUGUGUUUGUAUAUAUUGUGAUUGUAUAUGCCACAACCUUAUAUAUCUGUGUACAA